AUGACUUUUCUUCUCUUAGUGCUUUUCCCAUUUUUACUGCUGCUUACAACUGCCUUGAUCUCCAAAAACCAUGCUGUCGAACCGGAGGAAUGGAUGAAGUGUUUCAGGGAUUCCGAUUAUGAGGAACUGUUGGAUGUUGCCCAAAAGGGGCUGGGACGGACUUCAAGGCCACAACUCAUAGUGAUUGUUGGGGCAGGCAUAAGUGGCCUCACGGCUGCCAAAUUGCUAAGAGAUGCUGGACACCAGGUUCGGAUUCUUGAGGCCAGUGACCGUGUGGGAGGUCGGAUCAAAACUUACCGUGAGAAAGAUUGGUAUGUGGAUCUGGGACCUAUGCGCCUCCCCAAACACCAUAGAAUCAUUCGUGUAUAUCUUAAGAAAUUCAACCUCACAUUAAAUCCAUUUGUCCAGACUGAUAAGAAUGCCUGGUAUUUGAUGAGAAAUAUAAGACAAAGGGUAGCAGCUGUGAGUGCAAACUCUGACCUCUUUGGAUAUGAAGUGAACCCCCAUGAGAGGGGAAAGUCUGCUGGUAAACUUUACGAGGAAACACUCGAUAAGACAACCAACUGCACACGUUUGAUAGAGAAAUAUGACUCCAUUUCCACUAAGGAAUACUUAAUUAAAGAAGGAAAUCUAAGCAGAGGAGCGGUUGAUAUGAUUGGCGAUCUCUUGAAUGAAGAAGCUGCAUUUUAUACUUCCUUUCUUGGCUCUGUCCAGGAAUAUGUGACCUUUUUUGAUGAUGACAGCUUUGAGGAAAUCACAGGUGGAUUUGACCAGCUCCCCAAUAGCUUCUACCGCGAAAUGCCUGGGACAGUCUGUCUGAACUGCACUGUAGAGAGGAUUGUUCGGUCAGGAAAGAAAGUGAGGGUGUUUUUCCGCAAGCCUGGCAAAAGGGUCUUGUCAUGUCAGACCGCUGACUAUGUCCUUGUCACGGCCACCACAAAAGCCACACGACUCAUCCGAUUCCAGCCACCCCUUUCCUCUGUGAAGGCUCAUGCUCUGCGUGCUUAUCACUACGCAAGCUCGACUAAAAUUGCUUUGGCUUGCACAGACAGAUUCUGGGAGAAAGAGGGGAUUCGAGGUGGGAGGUCAAUCACAGAUCGCCCGUCUCGAGUUAUCUACUACCCAAACCAUGAUGCCAGUGGGCUUGGGGUACUCCUAGCUUCUUAUACCUGGAAAGAUGAUGCAGACUUCUUUGUUCCUCUCAGUGAGGAAAAAUGUGUUGAUGUGGUGAUGGAUGACCUAUCAGAAAUCCACAAUGUGUCCAAAGAGCAUCUCAAAUCUGUUUGCACUAGGCAUGUGAUACAGAAAUGGGCCCGUGACAAGUUUUCUAUGGGGGCCUUUGCUUCACCCACUCCGUACCAGUUCCGCUAUUUUUUCAAGGCUUUGUCUGAGAAUGAAGGGAGGAUCUACUUUGCAGGGGAACACACAGCCCAUCCUCAUGCGUGGAUUGACUCUGCAAUGAAAUCAGCUAUAAGGGCAGCAAGUCGUAUUCACAACAGGAAUACUUAAGAGUGUACUUAGAAUGGCUGUGUCUUUUGUGAUGGUGGCUGCCCUCUAACUAAUAUUAAAUGAAAGCAUGAAUCAAAACUCCUCACAUUUUUCGGAUCUACUUGCAACAAUAGAUAGGGUGGGUUCACACAAUUGCAGGUAUGUCCUUUGAGAGGAACUGGAGGUCAUGAGGAGUGUGCACUCCUGUAUGCGUGCAACUUGAACCUAGGAAUUCUCUGCCCAGCAUCUCUGCACAAAUGGCACCAAGAACUGCAGUUGACUAAACCAAGUUGGCAAACCUAAGACAGAGGUCAGUAACUGGGUACAUUGGCAGCUUCACACAACAAGGUUCCCUGCAACUUCUGGUUCCUCUUGUAUUGACUUUGAAGUACUUACAGGCAGUUGUGUGAAUCCCCAUAAUAAUCAAAUUUCCUUCCUUGUCAAGAUCUUAACCUGGAUAGAAAGUACUGAUGUCAUAUUCUAUCUUCUGCUGGUCAAAAAACAAAAUAAAGAUAUUGAUUGACUCAGAAAGUAUAGUUUGGAGAGUUGUUAUAAUGCUGAGUUGUAUUGUCAUAGUUGGACACCUCUAGUAUUUGGCUGUAGAUUAUGUUGCUUUAUGUCUUGCAUCUUUAGAUUAUUGAUUGAUAACUAGAUAUUGCUCAGUAGUUCUUAUUUAUUAUUAGUGUUAGUUAUCCAGUAUUGAUAAGAUGAAUUAUUUCUGUUCUUGAUAUACAGUUGAACUGAUUUAUUUACUUUUUUAAAAAAAUGUGGUGUUUCUCCCUAUGUAUUGAACUCAUACUGAAUGGUUUAAUAUAUAGAUGUCAAUAUUUUGCCAUGGAUCAUUGUAAUCUGUUGUGAG